AUGGAUCAGCUUGCGCUUGCGGGAACACAGCUUCUCUUUCACUUCAUCCUUCAUCACAAUAUCAGUCCUACAUGUACACACCCGAUCCCAGUCACCUCUCGAACCCGUGGAGAUCCAUACUCGAAAAAACAAAGAGACCGACCGACCGAAUUCGAACGAACGAAAGCGAAACAAAUGUUGUGUGGUUCCUCUAAUUAUUUGCCUGCACACCUUGUCGGUGUCCCCGGGCCCUGUGAUCACGCUCGCUACUUCCUUCUAUCAACCAGAGUCGCCCCUUUUGAGCAAUCCCAAUCAGUCAACCAGGAAUCGUUGUUGUUGUUUUGCUUUGGCGUGUGUGUAGUAAUGGUCUUGGGAUCGAGUUAG